AACUCUCUGACAUAGUCACUUGUUAUUCUCCGUUGGCGUUUCGACUUGCCUUGCUAUUUAUUAUCAUUUCGGCUACACAGCCCUCCCUCCGUGUUAAGAUACACUACUGCUAAUCGGAUCUCCCGAGAGUCUUCGAUAGAGAAGGGAGAAGUCUUGUCUUGUGAUCCUACGAUGAUGGCGUCUAAUACAAUUGCUAUCCCGGCUGUCCGGUCCUCGGCUGCAGCCUACGACCAAUCUCCCAAGGCUACAACUAGCUCAUCUUCAUCAUAUUCAAGUUCUCCGCAAACCCCUAGUCCUAGUCCUAGUGAAGCGUCGUCAGUGCAGUCGGCACGCAAAUUGAAAUCAAUCCACCACCAUCGCCGACCUAGUUUAUUGAGCUCCGCCUUCUGCAAGGACGAGUGCACCGUUAUCAACAUCGGAGAUCCUGAUGGGGCACCUCGAUUGAUCUCAUACCUCGCCUCAAGUCAAGGGUUCGCAUGGAACCCCGAACUAUUCGUUCCGUCGUACGUCGAAUGCAAUUACAUACCCCUAGAAAAUCGCAGGGAGCCGGUACACGAGAUUCGACUCAGUGAUGAAGAGAUCAAGGGGAUGCUACCGUAACCGGUAAACCCCAUCCAGAGGCCCCCCCUUUGGGACUUGUCUUUAGCGUCACUGCAAUCGAUCUCACAGAGCGUCGUUUCUUCC